UCUGUUCAAACAAUAUUUGCUCGUCGUGCGAUAAGCAUCAAAUCUAGAAGAGCCCGAGUGGCACAGUGAUAGUGUGAAAUUAAACAAAUAAAGACUUGACAAGUAAACAGAUUUGAAUCCAGUCACUCUGUGAAUAUUUAGAUUGCCUAAUUAAAGCAACCAGCCUAAUCUCGUCGAGCAGUCCGGAGAGCACUGAUAUGGAUGUGCAGAUGAGUCGAGUUGUACCCGAUGGCGGCUACGGAUGGAUUGUGGUGGCCGCCGUGGCGUUGAUCAACAUGACCAACCAGUCCAUUUUAUCUGUCUUUGGCCAGUUAUUUGUGGGCGAACUGCAGCAAAUGCAGGGGGACUCCUUCACAGCAGCCCUGAUCACCAAUCUGAACAGCCUGGCCCUCAACUUCUCCGGCCUGUUCAUUGGACCGGCAAUUAAGAGCUUCAAGCCCCGCAAUGUGGCCACCACAGGCUGCGUGCUGGUUUCCUUAGGCCUUGCUCUUUGCGCCUUUGCCACUGAGAGCUGGCACUUCAUCGUGGGCUAUAGCUUCUUUGUUGGCUUUGGCUUGGGCCUCAUAUCGCCCUCCACUUUCAUGGCCAUUAACUCCUACUUCAGCAGCAAGCGUGGACGUGCUGUGGGUGUUUCCCUCGCAGGAGCUGGACUUGGACAAGUCCUUAUUCCCCACCUUGUGCGUUAUCUCCUAGAGAACCACGGAUUUCGCUAUGCAGUCCUGGCCAUGUCCACCCUAUCACUAACUGGACUCUUUGGUGCCGCCUUCCUAAAACCUCUAAAUCCGCCUGCCAAACACAACAAUCGCAGACACAUUCGUCUACUGGCCGAGGCGGAUGGCGAAAAGACUCAGUCCACUGCCCUCCAAGUUGUCAUUGUUCCUUCUAACCAAAGCAAGAGCGAGACUAGCCCACCCAAGACUGAUACCCUGUGCAGCCGGAUGGGCCAACGUUUGGUGCAGGCUAUGGAUCUGGAGCUGCUCAAGGAUCUGGUCUUUUGGAGCAUCAUUGUGGGCAUGGCUCUUGUAUACACGGCAACCAUUAACUUCACCAUGAUCUUUCCUGGCUUCCUGGGACAAUCGGCGGGUCUAAACAGCCAGAUGGUGGCCUUCUGCAUGUCUUUGGUGGCAGGAGCCGAUAUUGUGUGCCGCCUACUGUUGCCCAUUAUCACGGAUCAGCUGAGAAUACCAUACCGAGUGGUGUUCCUGAUCGGCAUCGCUGGACUCUUCGUCGCCCGUUGUGUGCUGGCCCAGUAUCAAGCGCUGCCCGUGAUCAUCUCCAUGUCUGUGCUGACGGGCAUGAUGAAGUCGGCCACUGUGAUCAACAACAAUCUCACCAUAUCGGCGCACUGUCGCUCGGAGAAGCUGGCCGGCGGAUUGGGACUGAGCAUGAUGUCCAAGGGAGUGAUCGUGAUCACAGUGGGUCAGCUGUUGGGCUGGGUGCGCGACUACGCCGACUCCUACGUCAUAUGCCUGUACGUCCAGGGGGCGAUUCUGCUGCUGGUGGUUCUGGUUUGGACCCCGGAGAUCUUCUAUCGCCACCGCAGGCAGCGACGUGCCACUACCAAGUCCAUGGAAACGCAGUCGGUGGACGCACCCGAAGAGGUGACCAAGCUCAAUUCGUGAAAAGCUAGUUGGGAUUAGUGUUUAAGCGGGGGCGGGUGUUCGGUAUUGAAUGUAAUGUGAUAGGCUGCAGAAUAGUUUCCCUUCUCUAACGGAACAUUCUGGACUCGCCGCAGUAGUUAUCCGGGUUGUGAGCAAAGACCAGUGUCAGGAACAGCACUAUUUGUAUGACUAUGCAUUUUAGGUUAAGGUUUUCGAUUAUUUAUUACCAUUUAGCCCCUAGAGACUUAACUUUUGUACUGCCACAACAAGAGCCAAAAUACAAAUUAAUCAAGUAUCCAUAUUACAAAAA